AUGGCUCGCACCACACAAGUAGCCCGGCGUGCUCCACGAAAAGUGGUUGCGAGUAAUACCAAUGCAUCAAGUGCGCAUGGUGACGCUCAAGAAAUACCUGAUGGUUUCAUCAUGGAGAUGGAAGCCAUGUGCCGAAAGGAAUCAACAGUGAAUGGUGCAGAGGAGGACGGCAUGGGUGAACCCCUCGAACAACCAGUAAAGGUUGAGCUUAUGGAUGUGCUUGACUCCUCCUUCACGGUUGACGGAACGUUCGCAUCAUGCGUCCCUUAUGAAGAGGCACCAAACCCAGUAAUCUCAGUCGCAGGGUUCGGUACCCUCGGUCUGCCUCUGAGCACUCCUGAGGCUCGUAGACUUCGUGAAGUCCUCGAUCGGGCACCGUUCGGAAAGGGAGAGCGCACGGUUGUGGACAUCGAAGUACGGGAUACUUGGGAGCUAAAUCCCGAGAAGAUGAAUAUUCUGAACCCGAGAUGGGAUGCGUGGAUGAAAAGGGAUGUUGUUCCGAAAGUCUGCUCAGAAUUAGGGGUGAACAGGGGCAAUAUCACGACCGCGGAACUAUAUAAGAUGCUCCUCUACGAGACAGGCUCACACUUUCUACCACAUCAGGACACGGAAAAAUCUCCCGGAAUGUUCGCCACCAUUGUCAUCGUCUUGCCAUCCGAGUUUUCCGGGGGUGAAGUUCACGUCUCCCAUGGCAAACAGCAAAAGGUUUUCGAUUUCUCCGACGAAAAUCUGCUCUCGACCACCGUACUUUCUUGGUACACAGAUGUCGUCCACGAGGUCAAACCAAUCACGUCCGGAUUUAGGCUAGCACUCUCGUACAACCUCAUUCAUACGCCGCAGGCACCUCAUGGCAAGGCUUCUGCAUCGCUUCCCCCACGACUGCCCCAUCUCGAUGAACCCAUGCAAAGACUUGAACGCGUUCUGAGAGGCUGGAAGUACGCUGACCGUCACGGGGUUGAACGUGCUACCGGGCAGAGACCACCACAGAAACUUGCAUACCUUCUCGAGCACGAGUACUCACAUGCCAAUCUCUCCUUCGACGAACUCAAGGGCCGAGAUGCCAAUCGUAUGCUCUCCCUACGGGACGUGUGCGCUCGUGUAGGCUUCCAACUUGGUUUAGGAAGCCUAGACUACACGGAGACGGGCUACGCAGUCGACGACGGCGGCAGACGCGAUGACGGGUGGGAUGAUGAUGAGGACGACGAGGACGACGAGGACGUAGCGAUGUGUGAGGUGGAAGAGCGAUCGUGCGUGGUCCAGCUGAUAUCGGGACCAAAUGGCGAGUGUUGGAGACGUGAAGAAGAGUUAGACAUGAAGGAGGUUAUGGUCGCGAACGGAUACUGGGACAAAGCCGGACCGGACGAUCAAGAAUACGAAGGAUAUCAAGGCAACGGAGCUGGUUCACUAGAGUACUUUUAUCAUCGCACAGUCGUCCUCAUGUGGCCAGACUCUCAAAAUGCGUCAGUCAUUACAGCACUUGGUGGGCGCGAUGCUGCUAUCGACCUUCUGCGAGCCUCGACGUCGGAUGAGCCAACAAGCAAAGAGCUCAACCUUGUCGACGUGGCCGCCACAGCUGGUACAGAGGAGGUGGCACGAAUGAUUGCUGACACUGCCUUACGGUGGAAGAACGCUCAGACAUGGUUGAAAGCCGUGAUCUGUUGUCGUGCUGGGAGCAAUAUCAUGGCUCUCGGGAUGCCUAGGCUCGUUAAGGCAUUCGAGACGUUUCCGUGGCCCUCUAUGGCGCCUGUCCUUAAAAACGUGCUAUCGAAUACGACUAGCACUUGUCAGAGGCUCCAACUCGUCGACGCUCUCCAAGCUCAGCCAAGGAGUACGCCGUCAACGCAACCGUUCCCAAGUCCACCGGAAGAGUGGUUUGAUAGCAAACGGGCACAAAUCCUGGGCUCGUUGAGAAAGGUAGAAGAUAACGAUAUAACGUCUGUUGUCUCUGCCACAUCAGGGAUUGGGGGACUAGCGACACUUGCAGAGACCGUCCUUCCCCAGCUCAUCGCACUCAACUUGAACUCGGUCUGGUGGCUCAAUUUUGUCAAGCAUUUGCGCGAGCGCGAGCAGAGCCUCGGAGCUGAGCCAUUCGAAGGAUGGCCAAAACCUGUCUUCGAAGCUGCAAAGCCGGUAUUUGAGAAGGCACUUGUAGCAAUGGACUCAAUCACAAAACGGCACAUGUUCAUCAACGAGUUACAACUAAUACUCGGAACUGAUGCACAGUGGUCCAUAUGGUGCACAAGCCGGCAUGAGUGGAUUGCAGAGGCAUUAGAGGUCCCGCUCAGAAAUGACGUCUCGCUCCUUAUGAAGCUCAUAAGACAGGAUCCCGAGUUCUUUCCGAACAUCCUUUUGCCCAAGUUGAAGAACGAGGAGAUUGCCUGCGAUUUCUGGAUUACAUUCUUGGAACAACUCGUACGGGAAUCAAAGACGGAGGCAACUGACUUGCCGACAGAUUGGAGACACCUUGUUUCCGACGUUCUCAAAAAAUCACUUCCGCGAAUUAUUUCCAGGUGUCCCACGAAUAUAGAGCUCUUCAGAUCUUUGCGCCGUCUAUGCAAAGCUGUCAAAGGCGAAGGCGUGUUAGACGACUUCGUGACCAGCCAACGCAAACUCUCCCUGCAGACUCACUUGAAAAAGCCUGUGCUUGGUGAGGUCGACGUCCUGGUCACACAAAUAGGGGAAGAUCGUAUGUUUGGGCUUUCUCUACUAAUUCCCCAACUUCGUCAAUUUGAUUGUGGCAUCGACUUUUGGAAGCGGUUCAUUCGUGCCAUUCAGUCUCGUACCACCGCCUUAAUCGCCCAUGGUUGGACCUCGACAAAUGUCUCCGGAUUCCUGAAGGAUCUCGUGGAUACAGCCAUCACUCAGACCCGUUUCGAGGCAGCUCCUCCGCCGGCUCCGAAGCCGUCUUACCAGACUUGGUACUAUCACAGGGAACAGGAGACCCCGAAAUCCCCUGAUGUUCCCUCUAGCAUACGCGAUCUCCUUUCUCUCUGCAUCGAGACGAAUAACAUACCUUUCGCUGCACUCAUAUUCGGCAAGCUCUUCGCGAUUAUGACAAAUGCGCAGGCUAUCAAGUAUACCCUGGAACCUCUCUUUCCUCUCGUCAUCUCUCUUCUCAAGAGUCACCAUCUACCCAAUGACACUGUUCCAUUCGAUUCAUUCUUCCGCGAGGCCGUCAAACGCUAUGUUCUCUACUCCCUUGGACCUAAACCCUCCGCGUUCAAUAACGCUUGGAGGGGGGCUCAAUCUUCAUGCAUCUGCGCCGACUGUAGUCAUGUCAAUCAGCUACUCGCCGCACCUGAUUCAGAGUUUACAUGGCGCGCCAAUCAGAAGAACAGAAAGCAUGUGGAAGAGAUGCUCCGUGGACAGGCUGGCCUUACCUUUGAGACGAUCAAACAAGGCUCACCGCAGGGACUGCGAGUGGUCAAGUCCAAAAAGUUCAAGGAGGUAGCCGAUUGGAGACAGAGAAGCAUGAACGGGGCUGCUUUGUUGAAGAGCGUCGGGAACGACAAGAUGUUGAGCGGGAUUUGGGCCUCGGAGGAAGGUGAGUUGAAGAAGAUAUACGCUGCGCUUAGUGGAGGGACAAACAGCCUGGAAGAGCCUGUCGGGACUCGACGUCCAGAGGGAGCUCUGGUCAACUCCACGCAUGCGCAUACGCCCCAGACCUCGUCUUCCUCCACUGCUCGCGUUAACGCGCCUCCUUCCGUGCUGCCUCGUCCAAGCCAGUCAGCUGCAACCGGCAAUGGCUACCCGUUACCGACGACUGUUCCGCAGAAGCGCAAGAUGGACCCUGGCCGUAAGGUAGAUGUUGAUCUCACCCUCCUCGACGACUCAGACUAGUUUUGGACAGACGUUGGCCUUUACUUACAACUUUCGAUUCCUUUGCUUUUCUCUUUCGUCCUUGUCUCCACACCUCUUGACCAAACACCUCUUGACCAAACCUUGCCUCCUU